GAGAACUCAGAUCAAAUAUCGAACGCACGGUUAAUAUCAUUCCAUCUUGGGUUCGAUUUCGAUUUGCUUACUCCAAGCACUCGGAUCGUUCGGAGUCAAGUUACAUUACUUUUUGCACUGCACUGCUGAUAAAAGAAAGCACCAUAAGAAGCUGCUCUCAGCUGGAAAAUAUUAAAGAUUACCCCCACUCCGUGCACUCUCUACACCGCUAAACUCACCUUAACAAAAAUACUUAAAAUUUCUCAAAUUAAAAAUUUAUUGUGUAAUUACAUUACUCUUUCGUGGGUGUCCCAAUUCAAUUCAUAAUGCAACCGUUCACAGCAUUCAUGACUGUGGAAAGUUCGCGGUCCUACAUCGACGACUUGUAUUCACGAGACAGCGACAAGUGUCUCGCUUCGAUAAUUUGCAUUAAAAACUCAGUAAUCGGUUCAAACAGGCAAAAGGAAAGCGUCAUUGCUCAGGGAAUUGUUUCGAGACUGAUUUACUUGCUGAGGGAUAAAAAUGUUAAACCUGAGUUGAGAAUUGAGGCUGCACUGACCAUAGGAUCGUUGGCAAAAGGUACAGAGAAUCACAUCGAGUUGCUGAUAGAUUCAGGGAUUGUGCAGAUUUUAUUGGAAAUAUUAGAUGAGCCUGAUCCGAAAUUAAUUGACGCUUGUCUGUGCUGUUUGAGAACUUUGGCUAGUCAGGAACAUCAUCCCAUUAAUUCGAAAUUCGAUGUUAAGAAUAUUGAAAAGUUGCUCUCAUUAGCUACUCCAACAGAAACCCUCCAAAGACAAUCUUGUAUAGCUACAAUAUUGUCAUCCACAUGCAAAACACCCGCAGAACAAAACAAUUUAUGUGCCAUUGGGGGCCCCACAGUUUUAGCUGCUCUAUUGUCUGUUGAUCACCCGUCUGUGAAAAUCCCAGUUGCCACUUGCCUGGCCUCCAUGUGUUUCAACAACGCAAAUGUAGCCAAAGAAAUCGUAAAUACGUCUCACAGAAACAUAAAAAUUAUCGCCUACUUAACAAAAAUGAUAGCACGAGAUAAAUCUAUUGAAAUGCAACUUGAAGCUGCUAGAUGUAUGACAAAUUUGCAUAGGGCUGGUGCAAUUCCAGCUUACCAUCUUUGUAUUACUUAUAAAACAUUGCCUUGCCUAGUAAGGAUUUGUCAGGUUGAACAUCCUGAGGCUCAAAGAGCCACAGCAGCUGAAACCUUAGCCUACUUAACCGAAGUUGAUAGUGAUUUACAGCAAAUCGCUGCUAUAAGCAAUCAGCUAGUUAGUGCUCUUGUAGAUUUGUUAUCGUGUCAUAGCUUAGCUGCUAGAGCGGCCGCCUUUAGGGCUUUUGCUUCAUUGGGUGCCAACGAUGAGGAUAUCAGGAAGCGAAUUAUAGAUACUAAGUGUUUAAUGGAUCAAAUUGUAGAUGGCUUGACUGAUACUAAUAAGGAUAUAAAUUUGGCUUCAGUGAGGUGUUUGCAUUCGCUUAGUAGAUCAGUGCAACAGUUGAGGACUACUUUUCAGGAUCAUUCUGUUUGGAGACCUUUAAUGACACUAUUAUCAGAAAAUCCAAGUUCCGAAUUGUUGCUAGCUGCUUCUUCAACUUUGUGCAAUCUUUUGCUUGAAUUUUCACCUGCAAAAGAACCCAUUAUUCAUCAAGGUGCAAUUUCACUGUUGUGCAACCUGACAUUUUCCCCGGAACCUGCAUUGAGGUUGAACGGUGUUUGGGCACUGAUGAAUUUGGCCUUUCAAGCUGACCAAAGGGUGAAAAGUCAAAUUUUGAAUUUGUUAGGCACAGAUCAGAUUUUCAGGUUGCUAGCAGACUCUGAUCCAAGGGUUCUAAUGAAAACUUUAGGCUUGCUACGCAAUUUAGUUUCACCUCGCAACCAUACAGACACAAUGAUGGCCCUGCAUGGUACCCAAGUAAUGCAAGGGGUAGUUCUUGUACUAGAAGGGCCCCAUUCUCCUGAGGUCAAAGAACAAGCCCUUUUAAUUCUAUCAAAUAUAGCUGACGGAGAAAGGGCCAAAGACCAUAUAAUGAUCAAUGAGGAUAUUUUAAAGAAACUGGUGGCAUACAUGACUCAUCCUGCUCCUUGUUUACAGGAAUCGGCAGUGUUUUGUAUAGGGAAUCUUUCCAGGCAGGGUGAACCGGGGGCAAUGGAAAGGCAAACGAAAUUAAGGGAAUUUGGGGUUAUUGCUGUUUUACAGCAACUUUUAAGCACCUCUGACACGAUACUUUUUAAUAGGGUAAAAUCGACUCUAUCUAAUUUUUCUGAUGUUUAAAUUUUGAAAUUUUUUAAAAGGAAUUUUCACAUAAUGUAAAACUAGAUUUCAUAAUAUUUAUAGGAAUAAUACAACCUCUAUGUGAGUUAAGUAGAAUCCCAAUGUUUAAAUUAAUUUAAAUAGUGAAAUUAUUGUAAAUCCCUUGUAAUAUUUAAAUUUACAAAACCUUAAGUGUAUUGGUGUCUUUGUAAAUCUUGUAUAGUU